AUUUAAACAUUCAUGGACAAGAUUUUGGUAGUGGAUUUCCUUGCAUUUUUGGCCAAUGCCUAAAAAUGUAUCCUUCAACUGAAUAGUUUGGUAAAUUAUUGUAUUAAGAUCGAUAUCAAGGAUACCCAAGAUUUCGGACGCAUCAAAUCAAAUAGGAUUUUACUGUGUUUAUGUGGGAUUUUCUAUCAUUUGAUCCAACAACAAAGUAAAUCAUGAAUUGUGAGGAAAUUAAAACGAUGUUUUUGAAGAAUUUCGAAUUUUGGGCAAUGUUUUCACAUUGAAUUUUCAAAAUAAAGAUUUGUCAAUGAUGCAUACAUUAAGGUGAUUUCAUGGGAGAAUAGAGUUUUUGGCAAUAUUAUAAAACAUUUACAUAGAAAUAAUAUAACAAUUUGUUAUGGAUAUUUUGUGUCCUCUAGCAUUUUAGACACCAUGCAGACUUUUAUCACGACAAUAUACCACAAAUCUGGUAAUUGUUGCGGCAGUUUUUGUUUUUGUUUUUUUUUUUUUGGAAGAAUUAUUUUUAGCAAUUGUAAGGGUCUACUAAAUUCGAAAUAUUCAUUUUUCGCAGAAUAAAAUCUAUAGAUAAUGUGUUUAAUAUUAACAAUAAUGUAAAUUCGUAAAGUUUAAAUACACUAAGUUUAAUUUAUAGUGCUUUAGCACAAUUUCGCAAAAAUAAAUUGAUGCAAACAUUUUCGAAUUUACGUAAGGGGCGAGAUCAAAAGAUCGAUGUCGGAUAAAAAUCUAAAUUCAAAUAGUUAGCGAGAGGGGGAUAAAAUAUCCCAGUUACUUUCUGUAAUCCGACAUUGAUUGCACUUUAGUGGGGAAAAAAUACAAAUGACUGUUAAAAACCACAUAAUAAUACAUUUUAUUACAUUUUAAUGAACAUUUAAUGGUUUUAAUUAAUGUACACUUUCAUUUGUGAAUAAACAGUAGAAAAGGUAUGCAUAGUGUUACUUAUAAUCAUAUGUUUUUACUUGUUAAUCGAUUAGGUUCAACAUUCAUCAUAUUUAGUUUUAAGGGGGGGGGGGGGGGUCGUCUUGAUGAAAACUAUGUGAAUUUAGUUUUGUUUUUUUUUUGGUCAGGCAUUGAGCUUUAGAUCUCGCCCCUUAUUAGGUUUAUGAGAGAGAGAAUCAGCACGAAAUAGGCGUCAUAAUCAAGCUCUAUAAAGUCUACAAGCAGAACAUCACAUACCUUAACAUGGUUUUCCUAAUUUAGUUCAGAAUCAAAAUUUGCUUUUAAAGAUAACUUAAGGCAUGAUAGUUAAUAUUUUCUUCCGAAGAUAAUAUCUGUAUAGACUUUAUGGAAUAUACGUCAUAAAUUUGGGAUGUCCCAAUGCAAUGUAAAUGAGAAAUGUCUGUAAACGUAUGCGAAAUAAAUCGCUGCCAAUAAUAUUUUUCAAAGUUUUUUUUCUGCGACGUACGAAUGGACAUAAGUUCAUGUUACUCCUACUAGUUGGUUUAAUAUGACGUAUGAAUGUGAUGAAACAAUAACAGGUCAAUUUUUAUAACAUAAACUUGAAAAAUACCACGUCAUCGUAUAGAAAAGACCUUCACCGCCUUCAGAAUCAUGCCAGAAUUUUCCUUAUCACGCACUCCAUCUCAAACACACCUCAAGGACCAAGACGAUUAGAGAAUCUAAAUAUAAAGCCGACUGAUUUCCACAGGAAACUCUAUGUUGUCAAUUCUUCAUUCAUGCAACAUCUCCACGGGGUAAAUGCGAUUUCCGCGGAACCAUCUAACCGACUUGCAGCUGGGUCCACAGAUUAUUGCUAAUUACAAAAAAAGACCAUCAAAGAUCGAUUCAAGAAAUGCUGAUACUUCUGUUUGUCACCAUCAGCGAAAAUCACGUGACAUCAAAAUUUGGUAUAAAAGGGAAACGAUACCGGCCACUAUUGCGCUACUUGGUGCCAUAAGUGUUACACAAGGUGGAAAAAUCCCGCUACUUUUCGGCCCCAAAAAUUAGGGAAUAAACAAACAAGAACCAAAAUGGCAAUUAAAGGAACCACUCUAAGCAAAGCUUUGACAAAAUCUUUCGGAUUUCAAAAGCGGGUCCUCUCCACCUCAUCUACAAACAGGCAGGCAAUCGCCUUCACAGAAGUAGCACCACUUUCGUGUCCAGUGAAAGAAGCACUGACUACAAUAAAUCGAAUUAUGGAACCAACUAAAACACCAACGGAACCAACACCACAGGUCCAAACAUCCUCAUUUAAGUCGUUCGACAGCAUUCCCGGGCCAAAGGGACUCCCCGUCAUAGGAACACUCUUUGAUUACAUGAAGAAAGACGGACUCCGCUUCAACAAACUGUUCGAAGCAUACAGACAACGAGCUCUACAAUUCGGACCCAUUUUCAAAGAAAACAUAGCUAACAUUUCAACUGUUGUCAUCAGCGACCCUGUUGAAUACAACAAGGUCAUCAGAGCAGACGGCAAACAUCCCAAGCGUCAUCUGAUGGAGCCCUGGUACUACUACAGGGAAAAAAAGAAGCUGGGACAAGGCCUUGUAGAUUCACAAGGUUCUGAAUGGCACAAACUUCGUACCGUUGUUUCCAAGAAGAUGUUAAAGAUGAAAGAAGUUUUUGAUUACUGCACGGACAUGGAUGAGGUGGCCCGGGAUUUCACUGACCACCUGUCCACCCUCAGAAAUCAACAGAAUGAAGUCGUGGGCAUCGAAAAGGAACUCUUCAAGUGGUCCAUGGAAUCAAUGGGUACAUUCUUAUUCGACUCAAGGAUUGGUUGUCUAGGACCAAAUCCUCCCCAAGAUGCCCAGGACUUCAUUGAAAACUUACAAGGAUUCUUCAAGCUGAUGCAGCCUCUUAUGUAUAAUGUCCCGCUCUACAAAAUAGUUCCUACCAAAAUUUGGAAACAGUACGAAAAGCAUGCAGACAACAUUUUCAAAAUUGGCAGAUCCUUUGUCGACAAGAAAGCUAUCCAACUCCAGCAAAAUCCCCUUCAAGAAGGAGAAAAAUCAUCCUUCAUACACUACAUGAUGAAUCAGAAAUCCCUUACUGAAAACGAAGCUCUCUCAACAGUCGUGGACAUGCUCAUCAGUGCUACAGAAACGACAUCAUCUGGAACCCUUUGGGCAUUAUACUGCUUGGCCAACAACCCAGAAGUCCAAGCGAAGUUAUAUGAAGAAACAAAGCGAGUUUUACCGAACAAUGAAACAAUCACACCAGAAACACUUUCACAACUCCAAUACGUCAAGGCCGUAAUGAAAGAGACCUUCAGGUUAUAUCCAAUCACUUUCGCCACAACCAGAUAUUUAGCAGAGGACACAGAAGUAGCUGGUUACACAAUACCAGCAGGGACACACGUUCAGGGGAACUUGUAUGGGAUGUUUCGAGACAGCAAACUGUUCCCUGAACCGGAAACCUUCAAACCUGAGCGCUGGUUGAAGGAAAACCAGAUGAACCAGGAAUCAAAAGCUCUCUCGAACCUGGUGUGGGGUCAUGGGGCACGCAUGUGCAUAGGACGCAGAUUUGCUGAACAGGAAAUGCAUAUAUUAGUAACAAAGAUUGUUCAGAACUUCCGCUUAGAGUACAACCAUGGACCGGUAGGAGCUGUGUUAAACACCGUUAUGACCCCUGAUCGUCCUCUGCACAUUUCGUUCAUUCCGAGAAAUUAAGGAAAGCCUG